UGAGAGCCUGGAUGGCUUCCUCCCCCCAGGGACUCCCAGCUCCGUAGACGAUCAUGUAUGCCUCAAACAAACCCCCCAUACGAUCCUGGACACGUUCCGGGAUCGACUCGAGAGAUAUCCCGACCCAGAUCCCAAAUCAGUCCCACGCAAUCCCCCAGCAUCUGUCCAUAGUCACACAAAGCGGUACUCGGACUCGGUGCUCCUCAACGUAAUGAAGCCCACCACAACCAUCAUCCAUCAAGGUACAUCGUUCGAGAUCCUCAAUCCCCAUGAAUCACUCCACUUUGCUCGCAUCGUCUCGUACAUCGAAGACGUCGACAGCUUCUCCACAGGCCACAACAGGGACUCCUACAUCUCAAUCACCGAAGAUACCGUCAUCAUCGAAUCGGACCCUUGGUCAUUCGACCCCCCAACCCACGUGGAAGAAGCCUUCGAAGACGAAAAUCGAAAGUCCCAACUAGAUAUCGGCGACACCCAAGGCCUCCACCACCACCUCAUGCCCUCCAUCAAUGAGCUGCUCGAAGAAACAACCCUCAACAUGACCCGCUAUCUCGCCUCCAACCCCAGACAAUGCACUAGCCCAACUAACGAAAGUGAUCUCGGCGAGCCCGGAGACCCAGUCUACGACGAUAACCACCCCAUGAUCCCCCACGACGCCCUCUGGCAAUUCGAUAUUGGUAUAGACCCAGCCACCAAACCCCCCUCAAACGAACAGACCAUGACUCCACGAACCGAGAUCAAAAUCCACCGUCGUCCAACCCGGAGGUCAACCGCCAGUCCCCUGCGGAAACUCUACGGGUUGUUUCGCAGGAAGACAGGAAAGCAGGCGUAGUAGGUUUUUUUUUUUUUUUUUUUUCGCUGUUCGUGAAAUUCGUGCGGUUAUGACUCCGUUGAUGAUAAUGUUAUAAGCGUUGCUGUGAGCGGUCUUUAACCUUGAGUUUUUCUGGCUUGUUGUUCUGGCUUGUGCUUCUGGGAAGCACGGCUUUCAGUUGAAUCUUUUUUCUUUUUUUCCUACCAUUUAUGUCUUAGUGUGGUAUAUGUCUUCUAAUCAUGGGAUAGAAUGUGGAAGACCGAA